GGUGCAGACCGCUUCAGUUGCAGAAACGUUUGCGUCGGUGUCCUAGAUGGCCACUCCUGAGUCCGUCCUCGGCCCGGGGCGCCCGCGAUUGACCGUAGUUUUGCAGCACGUGCUGGCAACUUGUUGCUGCUAACCGGCCCGGUCCUGGACGAAACCGCGAAGGAUAUUUUUGUGUCAGGAUCACGUUCCUGCGAAUCCUUCAUGUGAUGUGUAAUUAGGCGUCCGCCUUUCGCGUUGAUUACAUCGGUGUGUUCGUGCUUGGUGGCGUUGUGUUGUUAUCGACAGGAUAAAUACAAUUAGCGGUGAUCAAAGUGAGGUGUAGAUAGCGAUAUGCUACCGCCUGCAUGUUACGUGACCUUUGUGCGCGUUGCUCUUCUUCACAAACAUGCCGGAAGGAUUCCCUCGGACGUUUUCUGACAUACAGUAUAUGGGAUCAUUUUCUGUCGCAACAACGGAACAAAUUUCAAGGAGCGGAUUUGUUCGAGACCAAGUUCAACAGAUGUUGGGUAAUUCACGAAAAAAGUACGUCCUCCUGGUAAUUUCCUUGGCUGGAAUAAAAGUAUGCAGUCCAGACGGAAAGAUUGUCCACAUGGCCCACGCGCUGAGGCGCAUUUCCUAUGCUACCUGUGAUCCAGAACAUCGUCUUUUCAGCUUCCUGGCCCGGGAACCGAAAGGCCACUUCAAUCAACAAUACUGCCACUCAUUUAUAAGCCGUUCGCCCGAACAGGCCGAAGAACUCAACUCGAUUGUUGGAAAUGCUUUUCGGAUGGCUUACGCGGCGCAGCUGCAGAAACAACCCACUUUUCAAGACGUAAUUGCAUCGCAAUUGGAUCAAACACAAACGAAUAAAGUGCUUUGGACGAAAGAAUUAUCGGUCACGUUGAAGAAAGAUAAAUCGUCGCAUCAAGCAAACAAUAAUCAGUCGAGCGAAAUGGAUGUUCAACUGACGAAUUCCGACGCUUCGACUUUGCGUCUAGCGCCGCCGACCACAAUUCCCGGUCUGAAGCCGUCCCAUAAAUACAACGUUUUAGGUCCAUCUGAGAAGCCCCAGUCCCAGCAGAGCACCCCGAGCAGCGACGAGAGCAAUUCUCCGACCGAAAUGAAUUCAUAUAAAAGAAUGACUGAAAAACCGCCCCUGAUCAAGCGGAUCGCAAUGGGGCUGACUGGCAACCACCACGACAACGACGAAGACAGCUGUCCUUUAGUGAGCGAAAAUAACAGCACUCCGGGGAGUCCCACGAAUCGGCCGCUCUCGGGCGGCUACGUCAACGAAUCAACCACCGAAGCGGACAAUCGCAUCAAUAAAACGAACGUUGUAGAUAGCUUAAAAAACGAUAUCGUCGAAAGCAUCAACUCGAACCUCACCAAGCACAUAGAAAUCGACAACAGCCGACUGCUGCAAAACUCGCCCGCUUCCACGGAGCAAGAAUUCAAAUCGAAAAGGAUAUCGCAGAUUAGUUCGAGCAGUUCCAGUUCGUGUCCACAAACCGGGACUGAAACCACGUUAUUAGGCCUAACGCCGACGCCACCUCCGCUUCCGGAAAGAACCGAUUCUUUAAAUAACAAAGAGGAGGGCGAGCUCAGGACGGCUCCGUGGUUUCAGGCCGGCAUACCCCGUGAAAUUGCCUUGGAAAUACUGGCGCAGGAGCCGGUGGGAGCUUUCAUGGUGCGGGAGAGCACCAGCAAGCCGGGCUGUUUUGCGCUUUCGCUCAGAGUGCCGAGGAGCUUUCAGCCAACGGGCAUCGCUCAUUACCUCAUCGUCAGGACGAAUAAAGGCUACAAAAUUAAGGGCUUUACGAAAGAGUUUACGACGCUGACGUCGUUGAUAACGCACCAUUCUGUGAUGCCCGAACUCCUGCCGUGUCCUCUAUCUCUGAGUCGGUACAAUCCCAGUUUCGUAAAAUCGGAUUCAAAGAGAGAUUUCGCCGACAUUGACUUGGACCCGGACUACAACACAUUAGCGGAUUUCCGAAAAAUGAUGGCUGAUUUAAACGUUUAAAACCAAAAGUGUCGCCGUGACAGUGAACUAGUCGAGAAAAUGUGAAGAAAAAGACGCAAUUUUGUGUACCUUGUGAUACCUUGAAUAACAUUAAUAAAGUGUUUCCACGAUUUAUUACUAGUGUACUUAUUAACAAAUUGACUUGUUUUGUUUCCUUUCAACUUGAGGCGAAAUUGUUUAGUUUCUGUCGUGUUUUUAUAAGCAAACGUUGCUGGUAGUGGAUUUUGCUUAAGAAUUUUGUCAGUGAUUUGUUGGACCAAUGAAAUCUGUUAUAUGUAAAUGUAAAAUUAAUUUAAGUGACCUAGUCGUAUAUUAUGCGCAGUGAAUUUUUUGUAAAUAUAUACAAAAAUAAAAGUUGAAAUUCUUGAGAGCCAUCGUCGAGCUAUAUUUUAAGAGCAACCAUUGUUUCGUCAAUUGUUUGUAUUGUUGUUACACUUUGUAACUUGUUGACCUAAUGUUAAAACGAAAAGUGUUCAAAUUAACGCACGCACCUGUAACCCGUUCCCAAUCGUCGAAAUUACACAUCUCAUUAAUUUUGUGUACUAGUCACGAAGAUGGUUAAUUAUUCUAAUUCCUUUUGUUAUCUCUGUGUGCAUCAUACAUACCUGCUUUGUUUCAUCUAAUGUUUAUUACGUAAAUGGCAUGUCUAAUCCGUAAGCUUGCACAGUUAAACACUUGUACAGGUUCCAGUUGUAUAUUACUUAUUUAUUUCUUGUAAUAAAUUUUGACUUUAUUUAUAA